ACAGCCAGCAUCACGCUGCACAAUGGUUUCCAGGCAGUGAAAGAGGGUGAUUCAGCAAGCCACUCUUUCUUCCCCUUUUAUUUCAAUAUUAUCAUAUGUUUUCCCUCCCUUUCCCCCCUCUGCUUUAUUUUUUUCCCCAGGGAUUUUAUUUAGUACACUUUUUAAAAAAUUGGUUUGCCUUGAAGUCACCUGCCCAUCAUUAUAAUUAUUAUUUUUUUUAAUACCCCAUCUCUUCCUCAGUUUGGAAUGUGGUUAAAAAUACCACGUAAGGUUGCAGUUUGAGGGAAGGGUUGCUGUACCGGGAGCAUAGUUCGCAGGCACGGAAUGGUAGGUGGUUGAUGCUAAUAUUCUACGACUAACCUGCCUUUGCAGGGUGGGGUGCUGAAUAUUGAUUGUUGAUUUAAAAAAAAAAAUGAGAGAGAGAGCCAGGUUAAUGAAGUAAACGGCUAACCGAUGCAAGAAGGCAGCAGUGUUACAGAGUUUGUGGCCGGAGGACCAUCAUUUUCCUGUAUUUGGGGCUAGCAUUAGAAAGUGGUACCAGCAGCAGGCCAAAUUCAGCUAUGGGAAUUCAGGCAUGAAGUUGACCCCUCUCAAUCAUUUCCUAUAGAUGAGACAUAGCACAAGCUGUGGUAUUUAUGAGCCGCCAUUUCUUGUACUACUGCAGUGAACCUACCCUGGAUGUGAAGAUUGCCUUUUGUCAGGGAUUUGGGAAACAAGUGGAUGUGUCAUAUAUUGCCAAACAUUACAACAUGAGCAAAAGCAAAGUUGACAACCAGUUCUACAGCGUGGAAGUAGGUGACUCAACCUUCACCGUUCUCAAGCGCUACCAGAACUUAAAACCUAUUGGCUCUGGUGCUCAGGGAAUAGUUUGCGCUGCAUAUGAUGCCGUCCUUGACAGAAAUGUGGCUAUUAAGAAGCUCAGCCGACCAUUUCAGAAUCAAACUCAUGCCAAACGAGCUUACAGAGAGCUGGUCCUCAUGAAGUGUGUGAACCAUAAAAAUAUUAUCAGUUUAUUAAAUGUCUUCACACCACAGAAAUCUCUGGAGGAAUUCCAGGAUGUUUACCUGGUAAUGGAAUUGAUGGAUGCCAACUUGUGCCAGGUGAUUCAGAUGGAAUUAGACCAUGAACGAAUGUCUUACCUGCUCUACCAAAUGCUGUGUGGGAUCAAGCACCUUCACUCUGCGGGAAUCAUUCACAGGGAUUUAAAACCAAGUAAUAUUGUGGUAAAGUCCGAUUGCACGUUGAAGAUUCUGGACUUUGGACUGGCCAGGACUGCAGGCACCAGCUUCAUGAUGACUCCCUAUGUGGUGACACGUUAUUAUAGAGCACCAGAGGUCAUCUUGGGAAUGGGCUACAAGGAGAACGUGGAUAUAUGGUCUGUGGGAUGCAUUAUGGGAGAAAUGGUUCGCCACAAAAUCCUCUUUCCAGGAAGGGACUAUAUUGACCAGUGGAAUAAAGUAAUUGAGCAGCUGGGAACACCAUGCCCAGAAUUCAUGAAGAAGCUACAACCCACGGUGCGGAACUACGUUGAGAACCGACCUAAGUAUGCUGGUCUCACUUUCCCCAAACUUUUCCCAGACUCUCUCUUCCCAGCCGACUCAGAACACAACAAACUCAAAGCCAGCCAAGCCAGGGACCUUUUGUCAAAGAUGUUGGUGAUUGACCCAGCCAAGCGGAUAUCAGUGGAUGAAGCCUUACAGCAUCCAUACAUUAAUGUGUGGUAUGACCCUGCGGAAGUGGAGGCGUGGAGUGUUUUCUGCUCACCAGACUUAAAAAAGCCUCCUCCUCAGAUAUAUGAUAAACAGCUGGAUGAAAGAGAACAUACGAUUGAGGAAUGGAAAGAACUGAUCUACAAGGAAGUAAUGAAUUCUGAAGAAAAAACUAAAAAUGGAGUAGUAAAAGGACAGCCUUCUCCUUCAGGUGCAGCAGUGAACAGCAGUGAAAGCCUCCCUCCAUCCUCAUCUGUCAACGACAUCUCCUCCAUGUCCACUGACCAAACCCUGGCAUCUGACACCGACAGCAGCUUGGAAGCUUCUGCAGGACCCCUCGGUUGUUGCAGGUGACUAGCCGCCUGCCUGCGAAACCCAACGUUCUUCAGAAGAUGAGGCAAUUUAGGGGGAAAAUAAUAACAAGAAUAAACGAUGGAAAGGAAGAGAAAUAAAAGAUAAAGAUUUAAAUGAAACAACCCUUUUCAGCCAGCUUCUCCUACAGAGUUAUGUAAUGCAGCUAAGCUCAAGUAUAUAUUUAACUUAUAGUUGCUCUGCUUUGGUCUUCUUCCAAUGAUGCUUACUGAAAAAAGAGGGGAAUUAAAGAAGCCUUUUUUUCCAUAAAAUGUAAAAUUAAUGGCUGCAAAACCAGCAACCUGCAACCGUCUUUUUCACACUGGCAUGACAAGGUGUGCAGUAGCCACUCUACGUAUGUAUGUGUGUGUAUCUGAUUUCACUAUCUUGCUAAUCUAUUUUAUCUACUUCUGCCCACUUAGACAGAUAUACACACAUUUAUCUCAGUACAUGUACAGCACACACACAAUGUGUAUGAUAGUAUGUGCAACUGUGUAUCUCUAUACAUUAUAUAUAGAUACACAAUAUGCACUCUAGAACUAAUUGGCCCAUUUCAUGAGAACUACAUAAAUACAUCUGUAACAUAUUGCCAGUAUAUAAUCUGUUCAAUUUGUUCAUUAAGUUGUAUAUCAUAUAAGAUUUGUAAAAGCAAAAAUAAUAAGUCAAGCCUGAGCUCUCUCAGACCCUUGAAGAUGUAGCACCCAAAUUUCAACUGAUAUAUAUAUUUUUAAUAAUACUGGUUUGUACGGAGGAUGCACGGAAUGGAGAUUUACAAGGAAAAUGUGCAUCAGUGGUGCAUGCUAACAUUUGUUGCUUUGAUUUUUAGAACAGAUAUGAGUUAGGACAAGGUUAAAAGGAAGCACAUCUGUCUUUGGGGGCUGUGGGGGUUGAGGAUGGAGGAGUUGUCCUGUGAAUACCUAAUAUCUCAGCCCACAAGGACUUCAGAGACAAACUUUUCAUAGUGAUAAUACAGUGAGUUAUUUUUCUUAGUUUAUAGAUAGGCUUAUCAUUGUUAAUUAUAAUGUGAAUGUGUGUGUUAGGAGCUAAAAUGUGGGGGGAUAGGCUCAGAUAACAAGAAGGAUGUACACAAUUUUUAUGUAUCAUUUAUGAUUAGGUGCGUGGGAAGCCAGGAUUGCAGACAAGGGAUGUUUGCAGUCUACUUCCUCUCUAGGUAUUUGUUGCUGCAAAGGAGUUGAAUUCCCUUUAAAUAAUUUCCCUCGUGGGAAUUACAGUACUUGGACACCAUUGAUUCUAUAGUUCCUUUCAGCCUUUUUCCCCCCCCAGUGACAAAUCAGCUGAUUCCUCAAAAUGCUUCAUCAACUGGGCUACACACAGCAGGUUAGUAAAUUGAAUGGUCAAAUAUUCUCAUACACUUAAUAGGCUUUGCCUUUGUUUACCAGCCAAGAGCCAAGCUGGGAGUGUAACAAUCAGGAUCUCAGGCAGCUUUUGCAUAUUUCUAAAGAAGCCAAUAUUGAGUAAAUAUCAAUUGGAUUUUGAUAGAUAAUAAUACUUUGAACCUGUCGCAGAGAGUAGUGUCAGGUCUUUUAACAGCAUACAGCAACACUACACAAUUGUUUAGAGCAAGUGAAGAACAGUUUUUCUGUCUGAAACAGCAAUGAGGAUUUUAGGUAGGCAAAAUGCAAUUGUCUGAGUUGGAAUUUAGCCAGAAUUCUAGGGUUCACAUCUCUCUCCUCUUAUCCAAAUGUGCUGUGCCAUCUGUAAUGUAUGCCUCAUCCAAAUGGCAGGAAGAGUUAAUUUAAAUAGCUUAUUCUAUUUAACUGUAAUGUAUGACAAUUUUUGAAUCUACAAAUAUUUGAUUGGACAGUUGACAAAUCUGCCAUCCCUAAGCUGGGGAAAAUAUCUGAAUAUCAACUGAGAUUUUGUCCAGAGUAAAAAGCAAACAAUAAAGCUUCCACUCAAGUAUGUAAAAUAAAAGUAAAGAAUAAAUGUAAUGUAAUCUCAGAGUUAGUAGCUCUGAGUGGUCUUGAAAUUACACUAUAAAGUAAUUUUUCCCCAGGUAUGUUUUGGUGGCUUUUUUUCCAUUACAUUUUUUCAUAUAUUGAAAACAAAAUUAUGUAUGUGAUUUUUCUAAAAACUCAGUUACAGCAGUAGGUGUGAAAGCAAUAACUAUAAACAAUAAAUUACUACUGCUAAAUAGAUUUAGCAAUAUUCUCUCUUAAAGCCAUGAAACAUCAAAUUAUUGUUUAGCAACAUGACCUUAAUCCAGCUUCAGGUGAAUGCAAAUACUAGUGAAAGGGUUUAAAGGGAUACCACAAAGCAUUGUAGGCGUGUCAAAGCAAUAACACUGAGGGGGACUCCUUAGCAAUAAUAGCAGAUAUCAGCUCCAGAUUUCAAUCAUCAUACAUUAACACUAGUAAAAUAUAGAGAAUUCACCUCCAUUUUAUAUCCCCCUGGUGUGCACCAUUUUGGGUUGUCUUCUCAACCCAAAAAAGGGUGAGCCUCUUGGAGUGACAGAUUAUUAAAUGAGUGCAACUAACUACAAACAUGCCAUAGACUUGAAGACUUUCCGUGCAGUGAUAGUAAUGCUGUGAACAUAGCUACACAGGUAGUAGCUGGGAAGUGCUUUGUAGAGAGGUGUGUGGACACUCUCCCAAGUUUAAUUUGUCAAAACUAGAACAAUGACCACUCUCUUGUGCGGUACUAUUCAUUUUUCCCUGGGCUCAUGAAAAGGGAUGCAGUCACCAUAAAAGACGUCCUAGUGAUUGGCACUAUAGGAAUCCCUAUAAUAAGGAAUACAGUUUAUCUAAAUGCCUGUCUAAGGCCCUGAUUCAGCAAAACACCAAUGCAUGUGCCUAAGUCACACACAGGUCAAUGUGACUUACACAUAUGCUUAUCCUUAAGUAUGUGCUUUAAUCCUUUGCUGAACAGGGAUGAACAUACUUAAGUGCUUUGCUGAGUUGUGGCCUAAGACAACAAUCAUAGCAUUUCUUUUUGUCCUUAAAUUUGUCAAUCUUCCUUUUGGGCAGCUCUGCUCUUUGAAGGGUGCAAGGCUCUCCACCCUGGACAAAGCUAUCAGCAAAUGAACAAUAGACCUUGGCGGAUCUGUCAGAGCUGGAGUAACAACCCCUCAAACAUGAAUAGUAUCAUUCAUUUUCACUUGGCUCAGGAAGUUGAUGCUGUCAACAUGUAACCUAAAGGAAUACAGGUACCAAUGAACUAGAAACUACAGUGAUGGACGCUCUGUAAAUACCUAUGGAUAGAUAAAAACCUUCAUAGUUUCUAGACGUUCCAGACAUCUGUGUUUCAAGCCUUCUCCUCAUUAGUUCAGUAUUGUAGCCAGCAUGAAAUGAUGGUUGCUCUUAUUCUCUCUUGCCAGUGAUUUUUAAAUCUACCUCUGUUUUUAAUAAUAUUAAUUAAUACCUCGCACUUGUAUACUUUUAUCUGAAGUUUUCAAAGUGCUUUACAGCUAAAAUAAUGGAGAGAAUGAGACACAUUCUGGCUAAGGGCUAGAUUUAAUGCCCGAAGCUGCAGAUAGGCACCUAUGCACUUUUGAAAUAUCCCACUUAGGUGCCUAACUCUCAUUGACUUCCAUUGAAGUUAGGUGCCUAGGUGCUUUUGAAAAUUCCACUAGGCAUCUAUCUGCAUCUUGAGGUGUCUGAUACCUUUAAGUGACUUCCUUAAAUCAUGUUGAUAGCCACUGGCAGAGUAAAGUGAUUGCCAUUCUCUGUUCUGAACACUAAUUAAAGUCACUUUAAGAAACUGUAGAGGAAGGAAAUGAUUGAAGAACCUCUCCAAUGGGGCUACUACAUCUUCAGGGGCAUCUUUCUAAGUUUCUGGAUGGUAUGAGAACUCUACAGGAAUUACAGCGUACUAAUGCUUCUAAGAGACUGGUAUUUUUCCUUGAUUGAAUGGGAAGGAGGUUGAAAUAAACAGAUGGUUAUGCAGGUCUAGCUGUUGGUAUUGAGAUUAACCUUGCUCCUACAGACUUGAUGGCUGUUGGAAGAGUGGUUUCUUUUUAGGCUUGCUCUGGUUAUGCAUGAUUGACUAAUCCUCUCCCUUAUAGAAAAAUAUAGAAUGUAAUAGAAAAUAAUCACCAGCCUAUAGAAUUUAAAUAGAGGUAUACUUUUCUGCUAUAGGAUUCUAAAGAUUGAUUCAAGAAAUCUACAGAAAGGAUAAUAUCCACAGAGCCGUACUGGUUUCAAUAAAUUCUAAAGAAACAUUCCAUGAGGAUUUUAAUGUAUCUUUAGACAAUUAAACUAUUUCUUUAAGUUGGUCCAAAACUGAGAUUUUUGCAACUCACAUUCUUAUUCUGAAUUCUAGUUUACACGGGAUGCCUGAUGUAACCUCAAGUUCAGUAGAUUACUAUAUCACAUAGCAUUUAAGUGGAAGUACACUUAUGGUAGCUUAUUUUAUUUAUCAAAACCAGAACAAAGAUGACUAAUUCGUUGCAUUUUUCCUUUUGAAAUUCUUUUCUUCAUGGCAUAAAUCUGUAACUCCAAGAGGUGGCAACAUUGGCUAGAUCAGAUGAUGCUGUGGCAGUACUACUCUGCUAAAUUUACAAGCCAAGCUGAGGCUCCCAUAUUUGGUUUCACUUUCAGGCUGUUACCUGGUGCU